CGCUUUAAUAUCCCGCAGAGAGGGGAGAAGAUGGCGGCUGUGUCGAGCGGGGCUAACGCUGCCGCCGCCGCUGCCGCCGCCGGGUUUCCGAACCGCGAGCGAGCCCAGCCGAACCCCGCCGCCUCCAUCCAUCAUCAGAACGCGAACCGAGCCGUCGCGAGCGUUAGCCGCCCGGCCCCCGCGCGCGUUGGCGACUACGAGAUGGAGAGGACCAUCGGGAAGGGCAACUUCGCCGUGGUCAAACUCGCCACGCACAUGAUCACCAGAGCCAAGGUGGCGAUAAAGAUCGUCGAUAAGACUCAACUGGAUGAUGACAAUCUCAAGAAGAUAUUUCGUGAAGUUCAGAUCAUGAAGAUGCUGCGACACCCUCACAUCAUUCGCCUGUACCAGGUGAUGGAGACGGAGCGAUUGAUCUAUUUGGUGACCGAGUAUGCCAGCGGAGGAGAGAUCUUUGAUCAUCUUGUCGCUCACGGGCGGAUGGCGGAGAAAGAAGCACGGCGGAAGUUCAAGCAGAUCGUAGCGGCGGUUUAUUUCUGUCACUGUAGAAACAUCGUCCACAGAGACCUGAAGGCAGAAAACCUUCUGCUGGACCAUAACCUGAACAUCAAGAUCGCAGAUUUCGGCUUCAGUAAUCUGUUUUCUCGGGGUCAGCUGCUGAAGACGUGGUGUGGCAGUCCUCCAUACGCCGCACCUGAACUGUUCGAGGGGAAAGAGUACGAUGGACCUAAAGUGGACAUAUGGAGUUUGGGGGUGGUCUUGUAUGUGUUGGUUUGUGGAGCGUUACCGUUUGACGGAAGCACUUUACAGAACCUGCGAGCUCGAGUGCUCAGCGGAAAAUUCCGGAUCCCGUUCUUCAUGUCCACAGACUGUGAGUAUCUCAUCAGACACAUGUUGGUUUUGGAACCGAGUCGACGUCUGUCAAUGGAGCAGAUCUGCAAGAACAAGUGGAUGAGACAAGGAGACCCCGACCCGGAGUUUGACAGAUUGAUAUCGGAGUGUGAGCAGGUGAAGGUGGAGAGAGAGACGGAGUUGAUUAACGAGCAGGUGCUCAUGGCCAUGGCAGAGAUGGGCUUCGACCGUGAACGCACGUUACAGUCUCUGCAGACAGACGCAUACGAUCACUACAGCGCCACCUACAGUCUGCUGUCUGACAAACUCAAGCGACACAAGAGUCUGCGUGUGGCUCCGCCCACGCCCCGCCCCGUCUACCCACUCAACCCUAUGCAGGAUCAGAGUAAUGCUGUUAGUAUGACUGUACCACAAGUUCAGCUCAUAAACCCUGAGAAUCAGAUCGUUGAGGCGGACGGGGCGAUGGCUCUAGACAGUGAUGAGAGUGAAGAGCCCAGUCCAGAGGCGAUGGCCCGAUAUCUGUCCAUGAGACGCCACACUGUGGGUGUACCGGACCCCAGGGCAGAGAUUCAGGAGGUUUUGCAGAAAUUGGCCCCUGGUUUUCCACGUGUUGCCCCUCAGCCACCGUUCCCCGCACUGGCACCCACCAUGGCACAGAUGCAUCUGAUGCCAACCCCCAGCCUCCACCCCACACAGCAGCUGGAGUAUAAGGAACAGUGUCUUCUGCAGCCUCCGACUCUUCAGCUGUUGAACGGAAUGGGUCCUCUGGGUCGUCGAGCAUCUGACGGAGGUGCAAACAUUCAGUUACACGCCCAGCAGCUGCUGAAGAGACCUCGUGGUCAGUCACCUCUGGUCACCAGCCCGCAUCCGAUUCCAGCAGUGGCUCCAGUGGAUGAGGAGGGGUCUGACACGGAGCCCGAUCCUGAAGCAGUGCAGAGGUAUCUGGCGAACAGUUCGAAGCGACACACGACUCACGGCGCUGUCUCCGGCCACAGCGAGCUCUCGGCAGACACACAGAGAGCACGACAGAGGGGCUGGAGCCCCGAGCAGCACUGCCGGUCGUCCUAUAAAGACUGUAACACUCUUCACCUGCCGAUGGAGCGUUUCUCUCCUGUCAGACGAUUCUCUGAUGGAGCUGCGACCAUACAAGCGUUCAAAACUCAGCUGGAGAACAACAGCCUCAUCAGACAGCUCAAACAGGAGUGUGAACAGCUCCGGAAGAUGUACUCGACUCCACAGGACGAGCGACUGAUGGAACACACGCAACAGCAGCACAUCCUUUACCAGCAUGAACAGCAGAUACUACACCAGCAAAUACAGGCCCUGUCUUUGGGACAUGGAGAAAACCACCCCAGCAGUCACCUGACAUACCAGCUACAGAGGUUGCGCAUUCAGCCCUCCAGUCCUCCUCCUUCGCAUCCCAGCAAUCAUCUCUUCAGAACAGCCAAUCAGAGUCCUCCGGGGAGUCAGGGGAUGAUGCAAGCACAUGGUGGUCCAUCUGCGGUCCAGUUUCAGCAUGGCUCCGCCCUCUAUCAGUCUCCUAGCGCCAGCCCUCCGCCCACCAGCCACCCCCGCAUGGCGCUGCCCAGUCAGCAGCAGCCGCUGCCCGGCUCCACCCGCGCGUUAGCUCAGACCCUCUCGCAGCAGCAGCAGGUGACCAUUCAGGUGCAGGAGGUGGAACUUGGGGGCGGAGCCGGGAGACAGGGUUUCUUAGCGACGCCGUGUCACAGAGUUCUGGGUAAACAGUUGAGCGCCGAUAACGCCGAAACUCACAGUCGCAGUUUGAGUCGAUUCCACUGUUCCUCCAUGUACGAGCAGUUUAACCCACACCUGUUCGGCGAGGGGGCGCACGCUCCUGGUGUGGGCGGAGUCGUAGGCACUUAUAACCCCUACCUGCAGGGUGCGUCUCUGAAGGUGCCGGGACUGGAGGGGUAUCAGGGCGGCGUCGGUUACAGCAGCCCGUCAGCGCUGCAGCAAGCUCUGCUGUCGCCCACGCCGCUGGAGUACCGCCCCGCGCAACAGCACGUCACGCCCACGCUGCAGGGCCUCCUGUCGCCCCGUCACUCCCUCACCGGACACGACCCGCGACUGCCACCGCAAGAUCUCGCCGCGCUGCUCAAACGGCAGAGUCCGCGCCCGCCGCCCGUCGCGACACCCACAAACCCGCAGGACUACGGAGAGAUGCUGUUACUGCAGCAACUGGGACAAGCCACCGACAGCUUAGAGCCCGCCCCUCCGCAAGCCCCGCCCAUGCAGCACUACCAUCACCUUCUCCAAAUCAGGACCCCGCCCGAGUGCCCCGCCCAGCCCCUCCCUCACUCUGAGAGCAUGGAAGAGGACGAGAGUCCGGCCUAUCACGAGGGGCUGCUGGCAAAUGCCGCCGCCCCCUGCACAGAAGGACACGAGCUGCUGGCUCCGCCCCACGGCAGCACGUCCCCUUACUCCUCCCCCACACAUAGACACGCCUACAUGCGCAGCGCUACAACAGCCAGAGAUUCGUGUGCGGAUGCCGCAGACUGUAGGGUGAUGGAGGGCGAUCAUAACGGUUACGGCUCCCGAGCGGCGCAGGGCGACACAUACAGACCGCGAGGAUCAUUACAACGACAUCACACCAUCCAAACCUGUGACGAUGCUUACGAGCAGGCGGAGCCUAUGUCUGGAAUGAGCUUAUUGGCUGGGAAGGCACUUAGCUCCGCCCGCAUGUCAGACAUCCUUAGCCAAUCAUCUUUGACAGGAAGCCAGCUGUUGCAGCAGAGGGAGGGGCCAGCAUGUGACGUGGAGGCGGAGCUUCACUCUGCGUCGUGUUACGCGUCGUCCUGCACCAGUGACAUGCUGCUAAGCUACAAGACGCCUGAGCUGCAGUACAGUGUGGAGCAGGCCGGAGUCUAACAAACACAGGGUGUAUUUGCUGUAUAAAGCUCAUAUUCGUCUGAUGUGCUGUCAUGCCAAAUCCAUCGUCCGUCUGUUGGGGGCAGUGGGUGUGGCAUGCAGGCAGGGGGCGGAGCACUCGGCUUCCUCUUCAACCCCAUUGGCUGUCAUUAUGUUGAGGUUUUCUUUGAUUGGAUCUGGCGAGUGCCGCCCGUCUGCUGCCACCCAAUAAUCAUCCACCCCACCCCAACACCCCCUCUUAUCGUUGCCAUAGCAGCGCUCUCCGAUGUACAAGGCAUACACAGAGUCUUAUGUAAACACACACACACACACACACAGAGACGUCAUUACCAAACGCCACAAACCCAAAGUAUUUGACGUCAGUCGGAGCGCUGCGCCGCCGAGGGUCAUGAUGUCACGGGACGGCUGACUCUCAUUCGCCUCUUUCUCUUCACCUUUAUAUUUUAAAUGCAUUUUUAUGGCUAAUGUUCCGUAGGAGUUCUGAUUUCUGUAAAAGACUUUAUGACAUUAUUAAACGAAUGAUGAUUAUUAUUAAACCGUUCUACGUUGCAUCGAGAGAACCGCAGCGUUUGUUUCCACACGAAAGGGAAUUUUGCACUUUCAGUUUUUGUGACUCGUUCUUUUGCUUUUCUUGCGUUUCCUGUCGAACUUCAUUCCAUCCAUCUCUCUCUCUGAUGUCAGUGACAGAUGCAUUGUGGGUCAGAAGCUGCACAGUCAUUUUGUAAAUCAGUAUUUUAUUCGAUGUUUCUCUGUGAAAGAGUCUGAAAAUCCUUUGAAGAUGUUCCAGACGGACGAUUCGAGGAUAUUCCGACGUCUUUACGGGAAAUCUGAAGCGCUGCUUUUCUGAAGCUUUAUUAUGAGUUAUAUUUCUGCGGAUGUCGCUCGAGCUUUUGUAUAUUUGAUGAUUUUGUUUGUCAUAUUUCUGAGUCGUGACUUCAUCGCUCGUCUUCAGUCUGACCGAUAACUGUCAUGUGACGUGGGGUGAGACAGGUGUGUGUGGAUGAAGAGCGGAUGACUCAUCCUCAUCAUCCUUCUGUUGAUUCUCUUUUGGCUUCAUGUUUUUGGGAAAAUACUAAAGUGCAACAGGAAUGUUACACAGAAUUCCAAACAAACUGAGAGAAAUAAUAAAUAUAUAUAAUAAAGAAAUGAAUAUG